CUUAAAGCAAACGUUUAGUCUGGUUAGCGUAGCUUUAAUCGAUAACCUUAAUUGAUAUGCAGCAUGGAUGCCUUACAUAACUUUCUUUCAUUCUCAACCUGGACUGAAUCACGGCUAUUUUAACAUCCAACACCUACAUCGUCAACGAACUCGUAAUCAUACGCGCAGACCCAGCCAAUCACUUUCCUCGACAAACCAAAAUGGCCGACCAACCCCGUCGGCGUCGGAACCGCCCCGACAGCAAGCAGAUGUGGGAAGAAUCCGACCGUCGCGGCGGCGGCCGCCACGAGCCCAACAAUGCGCGCGACAAACGAGACGACCGCGGCCGGGACCGGGACGAAGCUCCCCCUCCUCCUCCCCGCGAACGAGACAACCGCCGCUACCGCUCCAGAUCCCGGUCUCCGCGGCGAGGAGGAGACCGGCGGGAGAAGAACCGCGACCGCCGCGACCGGGACCGCGAGCCCGACAGGGGCCGGCCGCGCGAGAGCGACGAGGCGCGGCCUAGGGCGGCGGACGAGCGGCGCGAGAAGAAGAAGAAGAACAAGGGAGACCGCCAUCGCGACCGCGAUGAGCCUGCUCCGAAGGGUCCGCCUCGAGAUCGAAGUCCCCGACGCUCGGCGUCACCGGCUCGAAGCCCAGCCGCCCGGGUAGAUCGCAGCGCGCAUAACAACUCGCCGCUCCCGACGAGACCAAGACUCGGCAGUGGAAAAGCGGAAUCGGGAUCGGGAUCCUCGCUGCAGUUCAAGGUCGGGGGAAAACACGAUGACGAUGCGAAACAUGCGGGUAAGAGCGCGGUAGGAAGCAAAUUCCACGAUGCUAGAGGGUCUACCGAAGAGUCCGAGGAUCGACGAAGACGGACCGAGACGCCGAACUCUUAUCACGGGGAAGCCAUGGAUGAGGAUGUCGAUGAGGAGGAUGUUGUCGUCGAGGACGACGGUCUGAGCGCCAUGCAAGCGAUGAUGGGGUUCGGCGGAUUUGGCACUACGAAGGGCACUCACAUACCGGGCAACAAUGCCGGUGCUGUGAGGAAGGAGAAGAAGACCGAAUACCGACAAUACAUGAACCGUGUUGGUGGUUUCAACCGCCCGCUCAGUCCGACUCGGUAGUCGUACUGUGUACGGUUUUAUCAAUGUGUGUACGGCAAAUCAGACUACGGAGCAGGGGACUUUCCUUGAAGGGGUUAUAGGGCUUACAUGGAACAGAGCGAAUGAAAAUCAGGCAAACCGUAUCUGCGAUUUGUACGCCUAGUCAUCUGCUUUCUAGGCCUGCUAAUUCUCAUGAGUCUGCUAAUUAUCGUAGCAAGCCCGGUUAUAUCAUGAGAAAAGAAGGCAGGUCACAAUGCAGCCAACUAUUCUACCCAGAGUUCUAUCCAGGUUUAUUGGUAGGACUUUAUAAACCUAGGCACUCAUGGUAUAGUAGUCUGAUUGAGGGACCUGGAGAUAAAACCAGCUUGAGGUUUGGGU